AUAGAAUCAAGACUUUAAAACAAGAUGAAGAACGAUGAUCUUGUUGGAUUUGCUGAUCCAAAUACGGUCAGUGACAAUGAUGAAGAUAAUGAAAUCGCUAGUAUUAAAAAGAAGAUUUCCAAGAAAUCUGGAGGGUUUCAAUCCAUGGCUCUUAGUUUUCCAGUACUGAAAGGGAUCCUCAAACGUGGAUACAAAAUACCCACACCUAUUCAAAGAAAAACUAUACCAUUGGCUCUUGAGGGAAGAGAUGUAGUAGCAAUGGCUAGGACAGGUAGUGGAAAGACUGCUUGCUUUUUAAUUCCUCUGUUCGAAAAACUCAAAGCAAGGCAAGCAAAAACGGGUGCACGUGCAUUGAUACUAUCGCCUACACGCGAGCUGGCACUGCAGACAUUAAAGUUUAUGAAGGAGUUAGGAAGAUUUACAGGAUUAAAGUCAGCAGUGAUACUGGGAGGUGACAGUAUGGACAAUCAGUUUAGUGCAAUUCAUGGAAAUCCUGACAUCAUUGUAGCUACUCCAGGUAGAUUUCUGCAUAUAUGUAUGGAGAUGGAUCUGCAGUUGAAAAAUAUCGAAUACAUUGUUUUUGAUGAGGCUGAUAGAUUAUUUGAAAUGGGUUUUGGAGAACAGAUACAAGAAAUUGUAAACAGAUUACCAGAAUCACGUCAAACACUAUUGUUUUCUGCUACUUUGCCCAAAAUUCUAGUAGAUUUUGCAAAAGCUGGUCUAAGUGAUCCAGUUUUACUUCGUUUGGAUGUUGAGAGUAAGCUGCCUGAAGGAUUGACAUUAUCUUUUAUUACGUGUCGCCCUGAAGAGAAAUUAGCUGUACUUCUAAGCUUACUAAAAAGAAUUAUUAAGUCCGAGUCACAAACAAUUAUAUUUGCGGAAACUAUGCAUCAUGUAGAAUAUAUUCAUCAGAUAUUAGAUAAAGCGAGUAUAUCUAACACUUUCAUUUAUUCAAAUUUGGAUCCUUCUGCGCGUAAAAUAAACGCAGCUAAAUUUCAAAUCGGUAAAGUGAGAGUUCUCAUAGUAACAGAUGUUGCCGCUAGAGGAAUAGAUAUACCACAUCUCGACUGUGUAAUUAAUUUUAAUUUUCCCGCAAAAUCUAAACUCUUCGUACACAGAGUAGGACGAUGUGCUCGAGCUGGACGUAUUGGAACGGCAUAUAAUAUUGUGAGCUCGGAUGAAUAUCCUUAUCUCUUAGAUUUGCAUCUCUUUCUUGGUCGACCUUUAAUAAUAGUGCCGACUACAGAAAUCGAUGAAAGUAUGGAAUAUGCUAUAGGAAAAUUGCCACAAGCCAUGGUAGAGGAAGAAUUAGCUGAAUUAAUCAAUUGGCACAAUACUUCUACUGAUCUGAUAAAUAUGCGAAAAGUAUGCAACAACGCCUAUCAACAAUACGUUAGAUCACGACCAAGAGCUUCGGCAGAAAGUGUCAAAAGAAUUAAGGAGCUUCGCAUAAAUGAAGCCGGAAUUUUACCCGAGUAUUCUGAUGCUUCUCACAUUAAUACAGCGGAUAUAAUAUCCAGGAUGAAAAACUAUAAACCGCAGGGAACGAUAUUUGAAAUUGGUACGAAGACAAAUUCAACUGAUUAUAAAGUGAUGAAAACGAAACGAAUAUUUCACAAGGAAAAUAUUCUUAAUUUCCGUAGAAAGAUGGAAGAAUAUAAAACCGAUAAAAUCAAUACGGCAUCAGAAUUAUCUCAAAAGGUCAAUCUACCAUCCAGCAACACGGAAGAAAUUAAUGCUGCAUUUAAAACGGUGAUAGUUCCAAAGAAAAGAACUAGUGACGAUUUAUACAAACUUUCAAAGAAGAAGAAACAUUUAACGAAGCGGGAUGAAGAAUAUUAUAUACCUUAUUCUGCACCAGAUAAACAUACAGAGGAUGGUUUAGCAGUUAACACGUUUGCCACUGAAGCUGAUAAGGCGCAGAUGGAUUUAACAGCAGAUAAUGAAGAUGGUCAACAUCUUCAAACGCAACUGAAAAAGUGGGAUAGGAAAAGGAAGAAGAUGGUCACCGUCGAAAGAGACCCGAAGGCGAAAAAAAUACGCACUGAAUCGGGAGUAUGGAUACCUGCUACAUAUAAAACAAAUCGUUAUAACAUGUGGAAAGAGAAGAGUAAAAUCGAUGAAAACGAUAGCGCAGAUGAUAGUGAGGAAGAAUCUUCACAAUCAAAAAAUUUACGAACUACUGCAAAUACGCAUUGGGCACGGCACAACCAGAAGCUUAAAGACAAGAUUAAAAUAAAGAACGAGCUGAAGCGACCCGAACAAGUCUUAAAGGCACGCAAACUUCUGGAGAAAAAACGCCAAAAAAAUGGCAGAAAAAGAAAUAAAGGUCAAAAAAAUCGUACAAGGAAACAUUAA